UGGAAAUAAUCGGGUAGAAACUGGCGCCGCCACAAAUGUAUAUUAGUAUGACUGUCGUGCUAGUGUUAGCGAUCUGACUUUCACAGUGUGCGAUAGUCACAGUGAACAUUAUGGCGAGGAGUAUCUGUGUGCGAUUUGUAAAAUAUGUUAUCGUUUUUCUCCCGUGGAUCUUGUUUAGAAUAAAUGAUAAUUCCUGAAACAGUUGGUAUCGACAGGAAUAUGUAACUUUUUGCUCGUGUGCUAGUAAAUGCUAUGUUUAUUGGUCAAUGAUAUUGAUAAAAUUGUCACAAGCUAUUCCAUAAAGAGAUAUGACAUAAAAGCUGUCUAUUGAGCCAUGUGAAAAGGACUUGGAUUAAAAGUGCCCGUAAAUAAAGAAUGUACCGGUAUUUUUUCUAGACAAUGAGUGAAAUUAGCCAAGUGAAAGAAUGACCGUAGCUGCCUCAACAUUAUACCUCAACUUAUGGACUUUUACAUUUAACCGAAUUUUCCCAUUUGCUCAGUACCGACUAUGGACUCCCCAGAUUUGCCGCUAAAAACCGGACAUUGGCAGUACCCCACAUACGCAAGCUCAGACAACGUCAGCACUCAAAAUCUCAUCAUGCCUCCCAGCAAGCGCGAAAGCGUUCUCGACGUCAGGAAUCUCGGAUACCGUUUGCGCGUGCGCAAGGAGUUGAUAGGCCGGCGGACAAGAGUAUCCGAUAUGGCUUUCUUGUUGGCCAUUAUUGGUAUCAUAAUUGUGAUAAUUGACACGGAAUGCCAGUUUGCGAAGGUCUACUCGACUGCGGCGACCAUUUCCAUUUACCUCCGUGUGAUAACGUCCAUAACGACAAUUGGAGUGCUGGUGGCCAUCGUUAUGUACCAUGUGAUAGGCAUUAAACUCAGGUUAAUUAGCCGAGGUCUGAGCAAUUGGAAACUCGUUACGACAUGGAAGGACUUUGCAAAACUAGUCGCGGAACUUGUGAUAUGUUCCAUCCAUCCUCUGCCAUUUACGACGACAGCGAGGCUUCCAAUGUAUGUCUCUUCUGUUGACGAUCUUCAUGCUUUCACGGUAGAAGGUCUACCGAUAAACUCCCUAUUUUCCAUUCUAAUGUUUGCGAGGAUCUACCUCUUGAUGAGGUUUCUGGUCGUGCACAGUGCAUUGUUCUGUGAUACAACGGUACAAAGUCUCGGCGCCAUGAGCAAUGUGAACAUAAACGCCCAAUUCGUAUUUAAAGCGCUGAUGAGCCAGUGGCCGGGAUGUUGCCUGAUAUCUAUCAUGGGCAUAGUCUUGCUUGUCAACAGUUACUCUCUAAGAAUGUGUGAACACUAUGCACUCGAAGCUCAUCAGUCGACAUUCUUUAUGCAAGCCAUCUGGAUGACGUGUGUGACGUUCCUGACCCUGGGCUAUGGAGAUAUCGUCCCUCGUACAACUUGCGGUCGUGUUCUCGCCAUCUUCACGGGAAUGAUGGGUGUCGGGCUUAUGGCCCUCUGUGUCGCGGUUUUGACUAGAAAGCUCGAACAGAGCAGAGGAGAAAAAUAUGUCCACACGUUUGUGCAACAGAUAAGCUUUGAUAAACUCUACAAAAACUCCGCAGCAAAGGUUGUCACCGAGUUUCUCAUCCUGUGUCGCAUGAGGCGCGAAGGGGUUGAUGCCUCCGACGAUAGAAUUAUAAUUCACCGCCGACGUCUCCUGCGUGCUGUACGCAAAAUGAGUCACGCGCGGUAUCUUAGAACCCAAGUUGGUGAAUCAUUAGUUGGACCAGUAGAAAUCAACCAAAACGUGAACGAGGUUUAUGGUAUUGUAGAAACAGUUCGUGACGACCAUGAUAAUAUGAAAUCACGUAUACGGAACAUUGAGCAGCUGAUGACAUCUAUGCAUGAUCAACUGAAAGAGAUCAAAACAAUGGUUAGGGCAAGCUGCCCCAGCUCGCCCAUCUCCGAAGUAGAGAGGCCACAGUCAGCAAAUCUGUUCGAGUCUUGCAGUGAGAGUGCGAGUUAAUUAUACACAGCUGCUAAAACGUUUCCCCUUGAUGUUCUAGGUGAACACACGGAAUAGUCAUACCAAAGCAGACAGUCAUUCAGUGCAUGUAGCUCAUGUUGAAUGGUUUAUGGGAAGCUAAUGUAAUUAUACUGUAUGCUGUACGGCUGUGUGGUGAUAGCACAACGUAACCAACAGUGAUGUGUGUUGUAUAUAUAUCGUAACUAUGCUCAAUUAUGGAUUCUAAGUAACUUUAUAGUAGUACUUGACUUUUUGUUAGCCGUUGAUCAGUCCGAAUGAUUGCGUUUAUGUUGCCUUAGAAACAUUUAGAGUAAGUCUUGCGAUCGAUUUUCAGUUUUAAAACACUGAAGUAAAGCUCGAACGUAGAUAUGCGAAUAAAAGUUUAUUAAUAGAGGAACUUUUAUCAAAAAACGAAACUAGUCCAUUAUGCAUUAUCGUUUUAAUUCUAACGAACGUCGUAAUCAAUAGAAGGUUUCGGCGUUCAUUGGUAUGACAACACAUUUGCUGUUUAUAUCGUGCAUCGCAUCCAAAAGCAAUCGCUUUUUCACAUGAUGUUGAAUACGUGUCGGGUAUUGAAAAGUAUUUGGUGUAGUCAAUAUCGUUAAACAGAAUGUGAAACACGAAAAUAGAAUAGUAUGCGUGAAAUACAUGUAUGAGACAGUCGUCUCUUAUGUUACGUUUAUGAAAUAUGUGUAUUUGCAUUGUCAGCAUACAAUGCAAAACAUGUGUUAGGUAAAACAGUUUAGAUCGGUCAAUUAUAAAACCGUUCUAUGAGUGGUAUCCGAUAUAGUUGGUAACUACUGCUUUACGUGCAAGACUACCAUUCAAUAAUGCAAUAAAACUACAGAGGCAAGCCCAGUAGUGAAAUAUGUGAACGUUUAACUCGUGAGAGGCAAAGGCUGCAAAAUACUAAACGUUUAGACGCUAAACUGGACAACCUUGUCCAUCGCAUUUUGUCAAGUGAAUAACUGAACUUGUCACUUUUGGACAUAUAUGAACUGUUUUAAUGAUACAAGGAGCUGUUGUUCGGUGAAUGGUGCGAACUAGUUUUACAUUAAAUGCUAGUGAAUUAAAAUGAUGAAUUCCAAAAUUUGCGCAAAAAGGACAUGUUUCGGUGCAAACUUAUUUCCAGUACGUGUCCAUUUAGCAGCUGACAAGAUAAAGAAAACUUGGUUUAAUAAGUGUUUUCGUUUUAAACAGCAUUCUAAAAACAACAACAUUUCACUCAGUUCUAUAGCAGGAAAACACACACAUGCAGUUCUAUAGUCCACUCAGUCCUGUAGAAAAAGUCUGAGAACAUUUAUGUCAAAGCUGGUACAAAGCUAUAUGCUGCCAGACGUUAUAUGCCGAACGUUUAAGCUAUAUGCUGCCAGACGUAAUACGCCGAACGUUAGAGCUAUAUGCUGCCAGACGUAAUACGCCGAACGUUAAAGCUAUAUGCUGCUAGACGUAAUACGCCGAACGUUAAAGCUAUAUGCUGCCAGACGUAAUACGCCGAACGUUAAAGCGUUAUGCUGCCAUACUAGACGUAAUACGCCGAACGUUAAACGCUUGUCCGAAUGCUCCCACAGGCACAGUCGAAGAUCGAGCAAUGCAAACAUGCGUGUCGAAACACCCUUUUACUUUAAUACCGCGGCUGUAGCAACUAUGGUAAGCCUUGAGAUGAUAUAUUCGUCACAAACAAUAAUGAAAGCCUUUUUUCGAAGAGUUACAUAGUGGGGCUAUUUCAUCAAGAAGCGUACUGCCAAAUACCGGAAGAUCAAGAAUUCCAGUAACAUAUUUAGGGAAUGUCACAAGUCGAAUAGAAACAUAAAACUGCAAAAUGAAAUACAUUUACCCUUAACUGACCAGUAAAGCUUCUAGUUCCUACAUAGAUAUUAAAGCUACUCAGAAAUUUAAAUCUGAAAAAGCAUGUGUACGAAAAGUGCGAGGAUAAGUCGGCCAUAUAGAGUGCAUGGUGGAAAUAUGCACACGCCAUGUAUAUUGCAACGUACUGUAGCACAACCCACGCAUUCCGAACACCGCGGCCAUUUUUGAUAUUUCUUAAAAUUUUAAGUAAUAGUAUUCAUUUUCUGUAUUGUUUCAACGUAAAAAUGUAUAUCUAAGUUUAAACUGAUUGUCAGUGAAGUGUGUUAUUGAAUUAACAAUUAGAUUUUCAAGAGUAAAAUCAUUAAGUGUAACUGCUAAAAUGAAAUUACUACGCGAUCUACUUUCCGUGUAGUUAAAUAUAAAAAAAAUGAUAUUGUAAACCAUACAUCCGAGGUUGCUUUCGAGGGAAAAUGGCCGAAUGGUUUCGAAUGUGGUGGCGAGAUCGGGUUUGCUUGCCAGGGGAGAUCACUGCGUAGGAGAUUGCAAUGGUAGUUCCACUCCAGUGCAAUACUGCAUUCCUUUAAAUUAUGUCAUAAAACGCAAUAGUACGUCAUUAAAAUGACAUUAAUUAUGUAAUCAUAUGUUCUUAAAUUGCUAUAAACCAGAAACAUAUAUAAUGAAAGGGUUAUAAGUACUACGUUUUGAUCUGGAAUGUCGUAAUUAUGGAUUAGUGUAAAAUUCCGAAUCUUCCAGAAUCAUUAUGCAGUUCCUAAUUACCCAAUUGUCUUACAAUCAAGUGGAAGUUAUGUGUGCUGAUACCUAUAUAGCAUUGUUGCAUAAUGCAUUAAAUCCAGCAUGAGACGAUACACGAUCACAGUUCAUACACUGUAGUACUGUAUGCAUGCAAAUCAUUGAUGUACAUGUACCUGAUAGCUGCAUUCAUGUCAUAUUUCUCAUGUAUUAUCGUUUAUUUUACAUAAAGAAUGUAUUGUUAAGUCACAAUAGCCCAUUUGUGAUAUGUUUGUUACAUAUGAGAUUUGUUGUGUUUUUGGUCCUAAACACUUUUCCAGUUUUCCACUCCGAUGAGUUACAUGUGUGCAAUUUCUUAUCAUUUUUAAACAUUCCAUAUUCCCGCAGGAUCUGAUCUAACAGUUUGAGCUGGCUGUAAAUAUAGCGUUAGUGUAUGAAAGGCGACAGGCAGACAUCGAGGUCUUAAUAUUAUUUUUGACAAUUUUUAGAAUUUCGCACCAAUGAAGGAUAUUUUACAUAAACAUAAUCUUGAAAUAAGCGUUUUAAGCGCAAUGGCGUUAAAGUCAUGUUAAACCGCGAGCUCCGCAAUGCAUAUUUCAGUAAUACGGACGUAUGACGUAAUACUUCCCGCUUACGUCAUAUUUACUAAGUCGUAUUUACUACGUAACCUAAUUCUGUUUGUCGUUGUUCAAUUAGUUAAUGCAUUAAAGUGGAAGUUGCGACAUUUCAAAGAAACUUUCACUUUCAGAGAAAUGUAUAUAUAUAUAUAUAUGUUUCAAAAUAAGUAAGGUGUAAUUUACACUUCAUCAAGACCGCCAAUGUACCAAAAUAAAUGCACGGCGCAGAUUUGAAAAAUUCUGUCAUUUCAUUGGACGCAGUAUAAUUUCGAAUACUAAAUAAAGAUGAUGAUAGUUCCCAACUUCAAUUUAUCAAACGUUCAAUAUUUGACUGUAGGCCAAUGUUCGUUGAUAAACUUUAUUUCAGACAUUUGUUGUUGAGGAUGCUUGUUUUGAAAAUGCUUAGAAGAAAGAAUGUUUAAUUAAUACCUAUCUGUAGAUGGGUUGUCGCAAAGAACAAUACAGAAAUUUCAUUUGUAUUAUUUGUUAAUGUCACUAAUAUAAAUAUAUUGCUGCACUUUUACCGUUGUUAAACUUACUCAAAUUACCUGGUGUUUUAACAAGCUAUGUAUAAAAGCAAAAUGUGGUUUGGUUGGACUCAUUUUUUAAAUUGGCCACAAAGUAUAAUAGCAAAUAUUUGUUUCGAAAUAAAGUAUUAUCGAUUAGAUUGUAACUCAUAAGACUGUAUACAUGUAUUAUUUUUCAAUCAGAGACGCUCUUUGUUGACAGAAAAAGGUCAAGCACAAAAAGCGCAAACGUGACAAAGAUAUACAACUUCCAUGAUCAAUAGUUUAGCCAAAACACAUUUUCCUUGUUGUGUUUGAGGUGUGUAAAGUGGAGUGUGUUGUGUGGGUGUCAUGCCUUUGAAAUAAAAGUUGUUUUUGUUAGUAAAAUGAUUUAAUAAACCCGAUUCCACAUA